UAACAAAUCUCUGUUAAAAAUAAAUUAAAAAUUAAUGAAUUUAGUUGGUAUGUAAAAUAAAUUUUGUAUCCUUAACUUUGUGUAGAGUAAUGUUAGAGAAAAACUUGUAAGAACUUCAAAUUUUAUUCACAAAACACCAAAUAGCAAAAGUGCCACACGUGUUAGUCUCUUCUCCCACGUGUCAUUCCCAAAACCUUAGACUAUUGCCACCUCCCCACAACUAGUUUUGGGUUCUCUUUCUUCUUCAAGGUGCAGCUUUCUUCAGCUUUAAAACCUCAUUUUUUUGUCAUUGAGACAGAAACAGAGAGAGAAUUAUGGGUUCUGAAACUUUUGUAGAAAUCAUAUUAGCAAUUCUUCUUCCACCACUUGGAGUUUUCCUUCGCUAUGGCUGUGGGGUAGAGUUUUGGAUUUGUUUGUUGCUGACCAUAUUGGGAUAUAUCCCUGGAAUUAUAUAUGCAAUAUAUGUGCUGGUUGGUUAGAAAAGGAAGAAAUUUGAAAGCCUAGUUUUAAUGAAUGCCUCUUUCUUAUUUUGGUUUGUAGAAAGUUUGUGUGUUUAUGGCUCUUGGAUCUAUGUUGUUGUAGAACACUGAAUAGAUAUUAUCAUUUAUUGGCUA